GCGCGAAGCCAGGGUCCUUCCGUAUGGCGCGCACUUCUGGAAAGGGGCUUGCUGCCUGCACCGCUGUUGCACGUUCGGCCACUCGUACCCGGUCCGCGUGGACAAAACCGGUUGGCAAACUGGCUCGAGUAUCGGAUUUUGGACGACGUGAAUCCGGUGGCCGCUACUUCGGAACAAGCCACUGCAAGAACUGGGCUCAGUAAACAAGCCGAUUCGGAGAGCAAGCGAGAUUUGCGAAGUAAAGAGAUUCUCAUGGCGAGGAAAUGCAGCCAGGUCACUUCAGGGGUAGACAAGGAAGCGAAUGAUCUGGCAAUGGGUGCGGUUCCAUUCAAGAAAGUUGUCGCGCUGCCCGAUCUUCCGGGAGUCGCGGAAACAAAAAAUUCAGCAGUAUUGUGUAACAAUUUUCGAGCCAGCAGGUAUUACGGGGAACUCGGGGUUCUUGCAAGAACGCAAAGCGAGGAAUACGUGCGCGUUAGCGGAUCCCUCAUUGGAUACCCCCUUCGUUUGCUCGAUUUCGCAGCGCGCACAGCGUUCGGAGACCGCGAAGAUUUCGCCGAACAGCUACAGGUGAACUGGAGGGCCGGCUUCUGUGGAGACGCCGAGCAACGGAAGGCGCGGCUGAACGCACUGGAUCGCCCGCCAUCGG